AUGCAUCUUCCCUCUCUCGUCCUCGGCCUUCUUGGCCUUGGCCUCACGGCUUCUGCAAGCCCAAUCGAAGAACGGUCUAAUCGCAGUAAAGCUCCAGACGGAUGCCUCACUGUCGGCUCGUCGGGCAAGUACUCUACCAUCGGCGCUGCGUUGGACGCUCUCGGCGACUCCAAGUCCGACGCCUGCAUCUUCAUCGGUGCCGGCACGUACAAGGAGCAGAUCACCAUCGACUACAAGGGAAAACUCACCAUGUACGGCGAGACAACCGACACGAGUUCUUACAAGAAGAACCAGGUUACUAUCACCCAUACUAUUUCCUCUCCUCAGGCGGGCACGCUUGACAAGAGCGCCACGGUCAACGUCAGGUCGGACGGGUUCAAGAUGUAUAACAUCAAUGUUAUCAAUGGCUAUGGCAAGGGCUCGCAGGCUGUUGCGCUCGUCGCCAAUGCCGACAAACUUGGCUUCUACGGAUGCAGUUUCGUCGGCUACCAAGACACUCUCUACGCCAAGGCCGGUCGUCAAUACUACUCUAACUGCUACAUCGAGGGAGCCACGGACUACAUCUUCGGUAACGCAUCGGCCUGGUUCGGCGAAUGCGACAUCAUGUCCGUCGGCCCCGGCUACAUCACCGCCAUGUCGCGCACGACAGCGGACCAGACCACCUGGUACGCGAUCGACAACUGCAACAUCUACGGGAAGCCCGGAGUCGAUCUUACCGCCAAGGUCUACCUCGGUCGCCCAUGGCGUGUGCUUGCCCGUGUCAUCUACCAGAAUUCCCAGUUGUCGAACAUCAUCAACCCCAAGGGCUGGACGACCAUGGCGGAGGGCGCGACACCGCUCUACUAUGAGUACAAUAACAAGGGUGCUGGAGCGGAUACCUCGAAGAGAGAGUAUGAGUCUUCCAUCUCUGGUGCUGUUAGCAUGAACACGGUCCUUGGCAGCGGCUGGAACAGCUGGAUUGAUACCACGUAUUAA